AUGAGUGCCGCCGAUGCAGCGUGGAUUGAUUCCUGGCGGCACUCAGUCCCAAGCCGUCUUGAGCGAGAAGAUCCCUUUGAAAAUGACGGCUUCGAGGCAAGAUGCUCAACCAGACUGACAUUCCGAGAGCCAGGUCCGCCGCCUAGGUCAGCAAAUCGCGGCUUCCUCCGGUCCAUGACGCCUUUUCGACGGUCGACCGUCCAAGAAGCCACAGACGAUCGACCUCAGGCAGGACAUGAAGUGCUUGAACAAGACUCACUACAGAAAUGCGACACAAGGACGCCCACACGUUGCGAUAACAAGGGCAAACGAAGCAUUCUGGCCCUCUUCUCAAGGAAACGGAAACAGACGAGUCCCAGUCCGGCGCGUGGUCUAGCGAUGGGUGUUUCGCUGCGACUGAAGGUUCUGUGUGUUGGCGACAGACGGUGUGGACAGACGGCGCUUCUUUAUCGUGCGAAAUUUGGGAGGUUUGUAGACGAUACUUCUGGCACGGGGGACCUAGAGACUGUUUCGAGGCUCUCGUACAUGUCAUGGGGUGCGAUCCUUCUGUGCUUCGACGUCAAGGAGAAGAUGGGCAUGAUCAGGGUGCUCCACUGGGUAUUUGUCCCUUGCUGCAAAGACGCGAAUCGUAUUGACCUAGGCAGUGGCAAGAGGCUGUGA